AUGUCAUCGUUUUCAAGAGCAUCUAUCCCAAAGCCAUACAAUGAGCCAAUGCAAUGUUACUACGUAGAUCUUCAACAAUCAACAAAAAAACUCUGUUUAGUUGUUGGUGAUGUCUUUACAAAGUUCUCAUCAUCAUCAAGAACAAAAGUUUUGAUUAACUAUGAACCAGGAUCGGUUCAAAGAAAGUUAUUAAGAGACGCAUGUAAACGUCUUCGUACUGAAACCAUUGAAGUACCAUGUAUCGUCAAUGGAAAGGAAAUCAAGACUGGAGACAUUGCCAAGCAAUUGGUAUGCUCUGACCACAAGCACGUCUUGUGUACCUUCCAUCAAGCCAACGAGGGUCUCCUCAAGGAAGCCGUCCAAGGUGCACUCCAAGCCAAGACCAAGUGGGAGGCUUUGCCAUUUGAAGACCGUGCUGCCAUCUUCCUCAAGACUGCCGAUCUCCUCAACACCAAGUACCGUUAUGAAGUACUUGCUGCCACCAUGCUCGGUCAAGGAAAGACUGUCUGGCAAGCCGAGAUUGAUGCCGCCGCUGAAACCAUCGAUUUCCUCCGUUUCAACCCAAAGUAUGCUGAAGAGAUCUAUGCCCAACAACCACCUGCCAACUCUGUCGGCUGCUGGAACCGUGUCGAGUACCGUCCACUCGAAGGUUACGUCGUUGCCAUCUCACCAUUCAACUUUACCGCCAUCGGUGCCAACUUGCCAUCAUCACCAGCUUUGAUGGGCAACGUUGUCCUCUGGAAGCCAGCUUCCACUGCCAUCCUCUCCAACUAUAUCGUAUUCAAGGCUUUCCGUGAUGCCGGUCUCCCAGAUGGUGUCAUUCAAUUCCUUCCAGGAUCGGGUCGUCUUAUCGGAGACACUCUCAUCAAUGACGUCAACUUUGGCGGUCUCCAUUUCACCGGUAGCACAGGUGUCUUUAACGGUAUCUACAAAAAGACUGCUGAAAACUUGGCUGCUGGCAAGUACCGUGGUUACCCACGUAUCGUAGGUGAGACUGGUGGAAAGGACUUCCACUUCCUCCACAACUCUGCAGAUGUCGAUCACUUUGUCUUUAACACUCUCCGUGCCUCGUUUGAAUACCAAGGUCAAAAGUGCUCUGCCUGCUCUCGUGCCUAUAUUCCAGCCUCCAAGUGGGAUGAAAUCCGUACCAAGCUCGUCGACAAUAUCAAGCAAAUGAAGCAAGGUCAAUCGGACGACUUUUCCGUCUUUGUCUCUGCCGUCAUUGACAAGAACUCGUUCAACAAUAUCAAGAGCUACAUUGACCACGCCAAGGCCUCCCCAGACGCUGAAAUCAUCGUCGGUGGUAACUGUGAUGACUCUGUCGGUUGGUUUGUCGAACCAACCAUCAUUCAAGCCAAGGUUCCAAAGUACAAAUCAAUGGAAGAAGAAAUCUUUGGUCCAGUAUUAACUGUCUAUGUUUAUCCAGAUGAUCAAUAUGAAGAAACUUUGAGACUUUGUGAUCAAACUUCACCAUAUGCUUUGACUGGUGCUAUCUUUGCCAAAUGUAGAUAUGCUGUUGAUACUGCUUCACAUAUCCUCAAGAAUGCUGCUGGUAACUUUUACAUUAAUGACAAGUGUACCGGUGCCGUAGUUGGUCAACAACCAUUUGGUGGAGCUCGUGCCUCUGGUACCAAUGACAAGGCUGGUGCUUACUUGAACCUCUUGCGUUGGGUCUCUGCUCGUACCAUCAAAGAAAACUUUUUACCAAUCAACACUUGGAAGUACCCAUACUUGUCAAGUGAAGAAUAA